GGCCCGACGCGAGAGAACAGUCCACCUGAAUCCAUCGUUCGCGCCGCGCGAGAGCCUCCUGGCGCUACGUUCAGAGCGCUGCGUAACUUGUUGCUCGCGCGCACAGCGUUCGUCGGCGAGCGAGCGAGCGAGCAAAGAGAUAGACAGAUAGAUAGGGAGAGAGAGAGAGAAAGAGAGGAAUAUCUGAGUGAAGAAAGGUGGGAAGAGGACGAGGAAGAGAAGAAGCAUCGCGGUGUCGCUUGCUUGCGGCUCGCGGCCGGGAGCCGAGAGCGAGAAAGCGUGGGGAAGGAAAGGGAAACAUACAUACACCGGAUAUACGGCGCGCACGGAGCCUUUUCUUCGUCUGUUGUCUGCUCGCGCAGACUUGGCGAGCCGGAAAUUCAUCAUGUCGCAUCACAUCGUCACUGUCUGCGUGGUUUGCGUCUUAUGUGCGGCACACGUGCCCUGUUCGGCCCACACAAACCCAUCAGCGACACUGGCAACGCUAGUGCACAGCUACAGCAACUCGACAAACACCGGAGAUCCCUCGGAUCCGAGUGCACAGCCGUUUCCAUCGACUCCAAUCAGUUUCAGGGAUCCAACACGUCCUUACAGUAACUUUGUUAGCAAUAAACAUAAACUUUCCGCAUCCCGCGAUGCUCAUCCCGCGAAGAAGGACACCACGGAAAGCUUCAAGGACGGCGGGAAGACCCGGUCCACCACCUCCUCUUCGUCGUCGAUCGGGUCUGGAAGUUCGAGAGACGCAGAGCUUCUGGAGCGACUCGCCCAAACGAAAUUAGAACAGUUCAAUACGAAGCAGGACUCUAGUGUAGAUUUAGAUACCGAUUAUAGAGCUAGAUUGAAGAGGGACGUAACCGUGGUAGACGAGACAUACUUCAUGAGGAAGAUCUUCGAGGCCUAUGGUGACGGGACGAGUAUAACUAUGGACGGUUUCGAGAAACUCGUCCGAAAGCUGGGCCUGUUGAAGUUGCUGACCGACGCGUCGGGGCUGGAAAGUGGCGGCACUGAAAGAAGUAACGGCAAAAGUUAUUCCAAUAAUGGCCUACAUGAUGCAGAUAGUAAGAAUAGCAAGGAAAGGUGCUUAAACAGCCAAGAGCUGCUGAGUACCGUCGCGCAGGACAUGCACUAUAUUUCCGAUAAUAAUAUCACGACGAUGCCCAGCUGGCUCUUUGAACGCGUAUGUCCGGCUCUUGUAUAUCAACUGGCGGCCGAGUCGAGUUCAGAGAGGAACGGUUGUAUACGGGUGCCCGAAAAUUACAAACCCGUCGUGUCUAGUGAUAAGUUUUAUACGGAGGAUUCAGUGCGUAAUACUGUAAAAGUCUGGGUAUAUUCUACAGCUAGUAUUUUCGUAAUUAGUCUUAGCGGGCUGCUCGGUGUAGCGGUAAUUCCGGUCAUGAAGAAGAAUUAUUAUCAUCACGUGCUGCAGUUUCUAGUCGCGCUGGCCGUAGGUACUUUAACCGGUGAUGCCCUUAUUCAUCUAUUACCACAUGCGAUGAUGCCCCCUCAUCAUCACGAACAUGGCGAACAUCAUGAACAUCAUCACGAUGAGAGCAGCAGCACUUUGUUAAUUAAUCAUAUGGAGCAACACACUUCGAACAUGUGGAAAGGAUUGGUCGCUAUGAUGGGUUUCGUGUUCUUCUUCUUCACCGAGAAGCUUUUAAUCACAUUGACCGAAUGGCGAAAGCAUCGACAACGUCGAAGCAAGCUGCCCACGCGAGUACGAGUCAUGAGAGAGAGCGACGGGGCAAACAGUAAUGUCGUCGGUGAAAAACUGUGUAAACACAAGUACUCGUCGUAUCCGUAUUGUUACGGCGAGAUCGCCAGCGAGACUCAAGAUAAUCAUCACAAUCGCCAAAUCAGUCAUCACGAGAGACCGCCCAUCAUCGAGGAGGAGAAACCGUUGACGUCGAAUUGUAACUCCAUUACGAAGAUCGUCAGCAACGAGAAAGAAAAGAAAGACGAUUGGAGAUUGGACGACUCGGUUGUAGCUAACACGAAGAAAAACAGCGCCGAUGGUGCCAACGCAUCAUUAAAUGAAUCCGAAAGCUACACAGUGAUCAUACGGGAACACGAGACCAAACAUCACGGCCACAGUCAUUCCCAUGGACACGUGCACUCGGCUCCCGAAUCCAUGUCCAGCGUAGCUUGGAUGGUCGUUCUCGGAGAUGGUUUGCACAACUUCACGGACGGUAUGGCCAUCGGCGCGGCAUUCUCGGCAAACAUCGCGGGUGGAUUCUCCACAGCCAUCGCCGUUCUUUGCCACGAGUUGCCUCACGAAAUUGGCGACUUUGCGGUACUGCUAAGAGCGGGUAUGAGCACUAAACAGGCUGUUUUUUAUAAUCUAUUAUCUUCAGUGCUCUGUCUGUUCGGAAUGAUAGUGGGAGUAUCAUUAGGAAGCACCCCCGACGCGACUAGUUGGAUGUUCGCAGCUGCCGCUGGGGUAUUUCUAUACAUAGCAUUAGUAGAUAUGAUGCCAGAAUUAUCAUCGAGUCAUUCCGCGGAAAGUGGCUCGCGAUGGCAGUGCAUUUGGCAAGGUUUAGGAUUGUUGACUGGUCUUGGGAUUAUGUUACUUAUCGCCGCCUACGAGCACGAUCUUAAGCACAUUUUCGAUAACUAGAUUUACGAGUAAUUUCUCUUGUAAUCCUGUAUAUCGAUAUUAUAUACAAAAUACAUCUCUUCUUCCUGUUACGUUCGAAUUACUAAGUGUACUCAGCAUUACUAAGUGUAUUUUUCUUUUCUAAUCUCAACGCCUGGCCUUUUCGGCUUCUUAAUGUUUAUAAUAAUAAUAGAUUGGUUUUUCCCCAAAAUAAUUAUUUUACUAUCGUCGUUGUUUGAGAGAAAGAACGUAAUGGGAAGGUUUACACACAAAUUAUACAUCACAAUUUAGAUAAGAUAGAUUAAUAAUAUUCGAUUUAGAAUUUGUCAAUGAAAGGAGCAAAAGUGUAUCGAAUUUUUCAUCAUUAGAUAGAGUGCUAAUAAUUGAAUUGUGUGCAGAAUUGAAAGAAUUAUUUCGCAACGAAUAUAUUUUUCGACAAAUAUAAUUUUCCAUUGUAUAUUCAUCCUCUUGGAAUUAUCUAAUAGCAUCUAUGUAAUAAUAAUUGCUGCAAAACGUAGAUACUAGAUAAUUUUACAAGCCCACUGAUAGUAAAUUUUCUUCUCUGCGCAAAAUUAAUAAUUGUUUUAACUUGAAUAAUUAUAUUUAUAAUAAUUAUUA